AAAAGCCAAGCGAUAGGGAACAGUCCCUGACUAAGUCCACCUGACUUGUUGCUUUAUUUAGGUUUGGACAACAAAUUCUGGGGUGUCCGAGGUCCUCUGUCCCCUCUUGCAGAUGUCUCACACAGGAACUCAACAACUGCGGCUGAAGGAAUGGCUGGUGUUACAGAUAAACAGCGGGAGAUAUCCUGGACUCCGAUGGGAAAAUGAGGACAAAACUCUAUUCCGAAUACCUUGGAAGCAUGCGUCAAAACAGGACUACAAGGCACAGCAGGACGCUGCUUUGUUUAAGGCCUGGGCGUUAUAUAAGGGCAAGUAUCGUGAAGGAUCAGAAAAGGAUGACCCUUCUGUCUGGAAGACGCGACUUCGUUGUGCCCUUAAUAAGAGUCCAGACUUUCAGGAGGUGCAAGAGAACAGCCAAAUGGAGUUGCCCGAACCUUACAAGCUGUAUAGGAUAGUAUCCGAGACUCGGGAAAGGAGCGAAAACGUAUGUACAGAGAUACACGAAGCAAGACACGAAGCAAGCUCCCCGAAGCAAGAUUUGGAAAUCCCUCCAACCCAGGAUUCGAUCCAGACUGGCGAACAGAGGAGUGAAAGCCAGAUCGAGGUGCAGAGUCCCUACAAAAUCCAGAGAAUAAUUGAAACGCUACACAAUGCUCCAGGAAAAAACCGUCCAAGUACUGUCCCAUUCCUGUGGGCGACUCAUCCCAUGGACCACAAAGCAAUAGACAUCUCAGACCAAGACAUUGCCACACUCUCCUCAUCUACAUCAGAUUAUUGGCUCCACAUACGGCUGUAUUAUCAGGGCAAGUUAGUGACAGAGGUGACGACACAGACAGCAGAAGGAUGCCGCAUCGUCCCUUGGCCACAAACAGCUCGUGACUUUAGUCUUUUUCCUGCUGUCUCACUAGAGGAGAUCCACCUUCCUUCUCUCAGACAGUUUCCUGGAUUUCUGGACCCUAAUGUCGGACGUGUCCUGGAGAGGCUCCUCCAGCAUCUGGAUAAUGGAGUGCUGAUGUGGGUAGCACCUGAGGGUGUGUUUGUAAAGAGACAGUGCCAGGCCCGUGUGUACUGGUCUGGUCCACUGGCCCCACAUAUUGACCGACCAAACAAGCUAGAACGAGAGAAGACAUUGAAGGUCUUGGACAUGAAGCGCUUUAUGCACGAACUGUAUAUGUAUGUGGCACAUGAUGGUCCCGAACCUCAAUAUCAGAUUCAGCUCUGCUUUGGAGAAGAGUAUCCAGAUGUACAAAAUCCAAACUCUAAAAAGCUUAUAACCGCUCAUGUGGAGCCCGUGUUUGCCCGGGAACAGCUCCUGAACAUUCAAAAGAAAGUUUCAAAAAGUUCCUGACCACUUCCCGUUAGUCAUGAUGUUACUUCCUUCCCACCACAAAACAUGCUCUUAUAAAUACUGUAUCAAAAUUGUUCACUAAACUGUGCGUUGUCAGAAAUUCAGAGUGAACUCAAAGUGAAUUUUAAGUUUUGCCUAGCCAAAUCGGAAAAUUACCCAAAUCAGCUAUGUUUUUAGUUGCGUUGUUUUGGUCUAUAAUGUAUAUUUCACUAUGAGUUCACUUCAAAUCUCUGUCAGUGCUCACUUUACUGAAUAACCCGCUCUACACAGGGCAGGGCAGGAUGUGUGUGUAUAUAUAUAUCUAUAUUCAUUAA